AUGACAGGUGGCAAAGGCGUUCAAGUACCUUUCACCAGGUCGGGACAAUCGGUGCACAUGGCAGCUGAAAUGACAGAAAUGUUACUACGAGCAGUGAUAAUGGAUAGACACACAGCAGAUAACGACUGGAUGGAAAAAGGCAAUGUUCAGCUGGCUUAUUGCGCUGCCAUCAUCCGGUAUGUAUGUGGCAAGCAUUAA